CUAACAGCCCGAAAAUAAUGGCCCGAUCGAACACCUGCUGGCUCACGCUCCUCCUCGUCAUCGUCUUGUUCCUCGCCCUCAGUUGCAAGUGCGGCUCCGAACCUGCCAUCACCGGCGACCUCGAAAAGCUGCUCGCGAUCAAGCACGAUUGGAGCAAUCCUCCUCAGCUGGCUUCGUGUUCGUGGAACCCAGCCAUCGCGACCGACCACUGCAGCUGGAAAGGCGUCAAGUGCGACCUCCCGGCGUCCGUGUGCGAGCUCAAUAACCUGAACCGUCUCGACCUCUCCGACAACAACCUCACCGGCGCCUUCCCCACCGCCUCACUCUGCGCCUGCAAGAAGCUCCGCUUCCUUGACAUCUCCAACAACGGCUUCACUGGAAGGCUACCGAUCGAUAUCGACGCCUUGUCACCGGUGAUGGAGCACCUCAACCUCUCCACCAACAGCUUCAGCGGCGAGGUGCCAGCAGCGGUGGCACGGCUCCCGACGCUCAAAUCCCUACUUCUCGACACCAACAAUUUCACCGGGGAGAUUCCGGAGGCGUUCGCCGGCCUCACGGAGCUCACGCUGCUCGACAUGGCGUCAAACAACCUCACCGGUCCAAUCCCAGCGUGGGUGUGGCAGCACCGGAAACUCCAGUACAUCUACUUGUUCGAGAACGCCCUCUCCGGUGAGCUCCCACGUAACGUCACAGCGGUGAAUUUGAUUGAGCUUUGUGUGGGAAUGAAUCCGUUGACCGGGGAGAUUCCGGAGGCGUUCGCCGGCCUCACGGAGCUCACGCUGCUCGACCUGGCGUCAAACAACCUCACCGGUCCAAUCCCGGCGUGGGUGUGGCAGCACCGGAAACUCCAGUACAUCUACUUGGACGACAAUGCCCUCUCUGGUGAGCUCCCACGUAACGUCACAGCGAUGAAUUUGAUUGAGCUUGAUGUGUCAAGGAAUCAGUUGACCGGGCAGAUACCUGCAGUCUUUGGGAAUCUCAACAACCUGGAGCUGUUGUCUCUCCACACAAACCAGCUCUCAGGCGAGCUCCCACCAGAGCUUGGUAAGCACUCGCCGCUGGCCUACCUCGUUGUGUCCAAUAACAACCUCUCCGGCCCGUUGCCGAAGACACUCUGUGCUAAUGGGAAGCUCUAUGGCAUUUACGCUUUUAACAACAGCUUCUCAGGCGAGCUCCCUGCGAACCUAGCCGACUGCAUACUGCUGAACAACCUGAUGCUCUGUGACAACCUUUUCUCAGGUGACUUCCCAGCGAAAAUAUGGUCGCUCCCCAAGCUGCAGAGGCUGAUGAUCCAGGACAACAGAUUCACUGGCACUCUGCCAGCCGAGAUAUCCAUCAACAUCAUACGGAUUGAGAUAAGGAACAACAUGUUCUCUGGUUUCAUCCCGUGAAAACAUCGAGGAUUGGGUGGAAAUUGUGUCCUUAAUAAAAAAAAAAGAUGCUCAUCAUCUAUCGUAAUUUGUCUUUUUAAUUUUCCCUUCAACCCACACAUCAAACAGGGGAUGUGAAUUCCCUCUUCAAUUCA